AUGAAAGAUCCUGAAGAUGGGGAUAAUGUAGAAAAAUACAGUGAUAACAACGAUGAACUGUCGGACGGAAAAGAACGAUGGUCUUGCCCAGCCUGUUGUAAACAGGGACGAGUUACCCGAAGCGGAUCCACCUCUUCCACAUGCGGUGCUCGUUCAGAAACCACUGCUCCUUUACAACCAGAUCAGUCUACCCCUACCGACACUCUCACCCUUAUACUUAACCACUUAUCAACUAUGGCCAGUGACAUAAAGGAUAUUAAGAACUCUCAAUCUCAACUCAGAACUGAUGUUGCUUAUUGUAGAAACUUGCUACAGCAACAUUCGGACUCGAUCUCUCGGCAUGUUGACUUAAUAGCGGCCUGCGAAACCAACAUACAAAUAUCCAGGUUACUCAAAGAGAGCUGUCUUCUAACAUUGCUAAUAUUGAAUCGAGACUUGCAAGAUCUAUGGAGACGAUGCCCUCAGGCAACGGCGCUUCUUCUACCCCUAUUGCCCCAAGCUCCCAAGUUGAGACAAUGGAGUUAUUUAGACGUUCCCACAAUAUCAUUCUGA